AUGCCACCCGCCGAACCCAAAAAGUCGACGCUGCGGGAAAGCAUGUCGCGGAUCCCCAACGCCUUCAACUGCCGCCUCAGCCUGUCCGUAAUGCUGAUUGCCAUGUCUCAGGUCAACUUUGGGCUCGACCUGGGCAUAUUUUCCGGCUCGCAAGCCUUCCCCGCUUUUGCGCGCGACUUUGGCGUCUUCAACCCCGGUCUCGAACCCCCUCGCCACGAGGUCGAGCCCUACUUCCUUUCGCUGCUCAACAGCCUCCCUUACGUCGGCUUCAUGCUCGGCGUGGCGCAGGGGAGUUUUGUCAGCGCGAGGUGGGGCAGGAGGACCACGCUGCAGGCCAUGUGCGUCUGGGCCGUCGUCGGGGCAACCGUGUACGUCACCGCGAGGUCGAGGGUCGCCGUGCUGGUGGGGAGGUGUAUAGCCUACGUUUACAUCGGCAUGGAAAUGGCCGUCGUGCCGGUCAUCCAGUCCGAGAUUGUACCCGCGCAUGUGAGGGGGUUUAUAGUGGCAACUUACCACACUGGAAUCGGGUUUGGCAGCUUUGCUAGCGCCCUUAUCGUCAAGGGCGCCAGUGAAGUCCAGGGUGACGCUUCGUACAGAAUCGCCUUUGGCUGCUUGUACAUUAUCCCUUGUAUAAUUUUCCCAUGUUUAUUCUUCAUCCCCGAGUCACCACGAUGGUAUCUACUCAAAGGUCGCGAGAAAGACGGCCUAGAAGCAUUGCGCAAGUUGCGGGUCGGUCGUUUUUCAGACAGAGAGAUUUUUGAAGAGUUCGAGAGCUACAAGAAAACCAUAAACGUAUCGAACGGGAACUUCAAAGAGACCUUCAAGGGCACCAACAGACGGCGGACUCUCAUCGUGAUUGGAACCAACAUAUUUCUGCACCUUACCGGUAUCAGCUUCAUCACAAACUACGGAACCAUCUUCUUUCAGAUGCAGGAUGCCUUCAACGCUUAUUCCAUGAAGGUCUUUACAUCGGUCUUGACGGUGGUGGUGUGCAUUUUGAGUCAGUUCCUGGUGGAUUUUGUUGGCCGUCGUCCCUUGAUGCUUUUCGGCUCCAUGUGGCAGACUCUAGCGCUGUUCGCAAUGGGUGCUCUCGGCACCAUCAAGGACCCGCCUCUGCCCAUCCGUACCGGAAUUAUAGCUCUGAUGCCUAUUUUCCAAGCCGGUUUCAACAUCGGUUGGGGUGCACACAUGCACGUAGUGGUGGCAGAGACCCCAACCCUCCGGUUGCGGGACAAGACGUAUUUUAUGGGAGCGACAUGCAACAUUACCGUCCAGUUUCUCACCUCCUUCAGCGUCCCGUACCUCAUUUAUGAGCAAUAUGCCGGCCUCGGAUCCAAGGUCGGCUUCAUUUUUGGCGGUUUUUGCUUCCUGAGUGUCUUGUUCACGUGGUUCUUCAUCCCAGAAUGCACGGGGAAGACGCUUGAGGACAUCGAUCGGCUCUUCAUCGACGGGGUGAGGAUCCGCGACUUCAAGAGUACUCCCAUUGGAGUUUCCGCGACGAGGCGGCAGACUGGCGGCAGUGGCCAUGACGACGGGUCACCAGACGUGGACUUGCAGAGUCGAGUCGAGGAGCCGCGAACUAGUCAUCUGUUGGAAAAUGAUAGGAGUAAUAGUGCCUGUAGACAGUGAUUUAAAUGCCAUGCGAUGUGAUACGAAUUGAACCAAGCGUUGAAGGCUUGCUCUCCGUCCAUGGCCGCCACUCUUGGUAUGAUGGCGUCAGCUCGUCGUGGUCGACUUUCUUGCAAAGCUG